GGCUAUUAGAUAGUCCUAGCGGUCGAAAAUUAGUGCCUGGCCUUGGCAUUGCUCAUCAUUGCUCAUUACCUAUUGCUUCUCAUCGCUCUUUAUCUCCGAACUUCAUUCCAUCUAAAAAAACCCCCCUCAAUACCGGUGAUCUUUGAUUGAAUUUGUACAAUUUACCCAGUCGAGAUUGACACCGAUCAAUGGCAUCCGAGACACCAGUGGAAACACCUCAGCCACCCAUUGUCCAAAACCAAGCGAAGGACCCAGUGGAAACCUUCACUCUCAAAGACAGCAGAACUCUCGCCCACGCAAGGUAUGGAGCCAGCAUGGAUUCAAAAACAUAUCUAAUAUUCUACUUCAACGGGACCCCAGGUUCCCACCUCGAAUGUCAGCUCCUCAACAAACCCGUGCUAAAUUUCGGAAUCCCACUUAUUGCAACAGACCGCCCCGGCUUUGGUAGUUCCAGCUGGCAAGAUAAUCGCACUCUGCUCCAAUGGCCGCAAGCCAUUCUUGAGCUUGCUGAUCAUCUCGGUAUCUCCAAGUUCGGCGUCCUCGGCCUGUCAGGCGUCGGCCCUUACAUACUCGCAUGUUUCCACGAGCUACCGUGAGAGCGUCUCAUCGCCGCAACAGUCGUCUCAGGGAUGUAUCCACUCACUUUCGGUACUACUAGAAUGAUGUGGCAAACACGUGCACUCUUUUGGGUUGCUGGCAUUGCAACAUGGAUAGCC